AUGGGAAAACCGAUUUGUCCAGUUUGUGGUGAUUCAGCUGUGAUUGAAUAUGAUUCAGCUGCUGGUAAUGUAGUUUGUACUACUUGUGGUUAUGUUGUAGAUGAGAAUACGAUUGUAUCUGAUGUGACUUUUGGUGAAUCUUCAAAUGGUGCUGCUGUACUACAAGGAGCACAAUUAGGUGCAACUGAUCUUAGAGCUAGGAUUGUGGGACCUAGAGGUAGACCACAAGCUUCUGCUGAAUCUAGAGCUCAAACUUUAGAAAACGGAUUAAGGAAUCUUUUGUCCAUGGCUCAUGGAUUGAAUUUAAGUGAAGUGAUUGCUGAAUCGGCUCAUAGGUUUUUUACUUUGGCUUUAUCAAAUGGAUUUGUGAUGGGAAGAAGAAGUCCUUAUGUUCUGGCUAGUUGUAUUUAUGUUGCUUGUCGAAUGAAUAAAUUACCCACGAUGUUAAUUGACAUUAGUGAUUUUCUCCAGGUCAAUGUGUUUAUUGUAGGAGCAACAUAUCUUAAACUAGUUAAAGAACUAUGUUUGACCCAAAUCCCACUAAUCGAUCCAUCAUUGUACAUCUCAAGAUUUGCAGCUUUGUUAGAAUUUGGAGAAGAAACAGAAAAAGUAGCAUAUGAUGCCACAAGAUUAGUGAAAAGAUUUGAUCAUGAUUGGAUUACGACAGGAAGAAGACCAUCAGGUAUAGCAGGAGCUUGUUUAUUGAUUGCAGCAAGAAUGAAUAAUUUCAAACGAUCAGUUUUAGAAAUCGUUCAAGUGGUGAAAAUUGCAGAUGUGACGAUUAAGAAAAGAUUAGAUGAAUUCAAACGAUCUGAAACGGGUAAAAUGACUGUUGAAGAUUUUAGAAACCAAUGGUUAGAAGAAGCUGAGAAUCCUCCGGCUUUUCAAAAAGGAAAACGAAAGUUGAAGAAAAAGAAGAAUAAGAAAUUAAAGAAGAUUAAAAAGAAUGAAGAUGGAUUAGAAGAGGAAUUGAGUGAUGAAGAAUCUGAAAGUGAAAGUGAAGAGGAAGAGGAAGAGGAAGAUCAGGUGAAGAUAAGUCGAUCGGUCUCAUCCACGGCACCUCCACCUACUAAUACCCAAAACUCAAGCCAAGGAGGAUUAACACAACUCGCUAUUGGAAAAUUAAAUCCAGAUCAAUCAAAAGCGAAAGUUCGAGGCGAAGAUGAAGAAUCUGAAGCAUCAUUAAUCAUUGAAGAACGUAGAUUUGAUGAAGAUGCAGAAGAAAGUGAUAGAUGGUAUGAGAACCGAUUAGAUGAAGCGAUCACACAAGAAGUAGAGGCUCAUUUAAUUUCAGGUACAGGAUCUUUACUUCAAAACGAAUUAAGUCAAAGAGAAAUCAAUCAACAAAAUCAAUUUGAUGAUCAUUUAUCAGAUUUAGAUGAAGAUGAAUUAGAUUGUUUUAUUUUGAAUGAAAACGAAGUGGAAAUCAAAACUAGAGUUUGGAUGGAAUUAAAUCGAGAAUAUUUAGAAAAACUUGCUGAGAAGAAAGAAAGAGAAGCCACUGGUGAGAUCAAACCUACUAAGAAAUACGCUUCUAAACCUAAAGCAAAACCAAGAGAUUCGGAAAAUCCCGGUGGUGCAACUGUUGGAGAAUCUGUCAUGAAUAUGAUCAAUUCAAAGAAAAAAUUAUCAUCUAAGAUUAAUUAUAAAAUUGCAGAUUCAUUAUUUGGUAAAGGUAAAACCAAAAAAUCAUCAAAUAGUGAAAACCAAAAACAAAAACAAAAGAAGGCUGAUCAAGGCAUCAAGAAUAGUAAAGCUUCUACAAUUAAAAGUAAAGAUUUCCAUUCAUCUUUGUUAGGUGGUGGUGGUGGAGCAGAGGAAGAUGAUGAUGAUGAGGAAGAAGAAGAAGAAGAACAAGUGGUUUUAGGUGGUGAAGAAAUUGAAUUUGAGAUGAUGAAACGGGGUAAUUUCAAUAGAGAUGAAGAUGAAGGAUGGGGUGAAGAAGUUUAA